AUGGUGUGCAACCGUUACCCUCUGCCUCUGAUUCCUGAGUUGCUGGAGCGGCUCCGGGAGGCGACGGUGUUCACAAAACUGGACUUGCGUGGUGCCUAUAAUCUGGUCCGAGUCCGGGCGGGGGACGAAUGGAAGACGGCCUUCGGCACUCGGUACGGACAUUUUGAGUACACAGUCAUGCCGUUUGGAUUGACCAAUGCCCCAGCCAUCUUCCAGCAUUUUAUGAAUGAUAUCGUCCAGGACCUUUUGGACCAAUUUUUCAUCAUCUACCUGGACGACAUUUUGAUUUACUCGGCUUCUCGGGAGGAUCAUCGGCAGCACCUAGGCCUGGUCCUGCAACGACUUCGGGAGCAUCGUCUGUACGCGAAGCUGGAGAAGUGUCAGUUCUGA